AUGCUUGAAGCUGUUUUGAAUUUUAUUGUUUUAUUUACAUAUACGGAUCCUUGUGAUUGUUUAACACAAGUUUGGGUGGUUUAUUUAAUUAGAAUGCCUGCUUAUAUUUAUAUGGCUGGCUCUCCGUUAUUCCAUUUUGCUAUAAUGAUUGAACGUGUUUUGGCUACAGUUUAUGUGAAAAUUUAUGAAAAUCAAGGAAAAAAGAUUGGAAUUAUUAGCACAAUUAUUGUGUGGCUAUUAAUAUUAUUAUUUGUUAUUUACAUUUAUUUUUCAACACAAAUUGAUGUCAACACAUUUAGUCAUCCAAUGGUUUAUCUGACAUUAACUAACAGCUAUAAUUCACGAAUCUAUAUUUAUCUACACUUUUUCCUCUUAUUUUUGGUUAUAUGUAUUUCUAUGAUUGAUUAUUUUUUGAUCCAUCGAAAUAAAAAAAUUAAAUCGAAUUUGUAA